AGAUUCUUUUAAAAAAUGGAAAUAGCGUAAUAAAUUAAUAGUGAAACUCAAGUAUGGAACAAGAAUCCUGCGGUUAUUAACUAGUUUGUCAUCUCGUCAUUGGUUCCAGCCAAAGAUAAUCAUUUCAACUAAUGAUCUUUAAAAAUGCAAAUCACAGAGUGUAUAGGGGAUUUAGUUUGUGGUUGCUCUUUUUACAAUUGAUUAUCGCGGAAAACGGUCAAUCGUCACGUAUAUCAAUCAAUACUCAAAUCAUUGGACGAUAUACGCAUGAAUAUCAUACUAAUUGUUCAAUUCUACCACCAUUAACAUGGAUAAGCAACUCUGUUGAGGGACCUCACUAUCGCAAAUAUACUAAAUCGUUCAGAAAUCCCUCAAAAAACCAUGGACGCUAUUCACAAAGGAUUGCUUCAGAAUCUGGUAAGUCCGAGGUUGAGGCUACUAAAGAACCUGAUGAUGAUAAAGUCAUUGUAGCGGAUAUUAUUAAUAAGAUAGUUAAAGAUAAGAAUGGCGCUUUAUCAAAUACCAUUAUUAGUCCUAACUUUGAUGAUAGGUUUAAAGACAAUGCUGGCAUGUCGUAUCAGCGUCCAAGUAGAAAAGGACCUGGCCUUAUCAAAGAAAAGCUAACAAUGGCAGAUCUUUUCAACAGAAAAAUAGUGGCACAACCGCCAUCCAGAAGAGAAACUGAACAACUAAUGUCUAGAAAACCAUGGAAACACCUGGAAAUUAGCCAACUAAUAAAAAAGGAAAAGGAAAAAAUAAAAAAUGACACCACCUUUUUGGAUGGAUAUUUUUAUAAGUAUCUGGAAGACAAGGGUGAAAACAAAUUCAAUGGUGUGUUUAAAAAAAAUAUAAAUGAUAACAAAAAAUACAAAUUUGAUAUUCAGGAGCUCCUGAGUAUUUGGGCUAAUAAGGUUGCUUACUUUUACAUGAACAUUCCAAAAACAGUGGCAACAUUGGAAAUCGUCAAAGACAUGACAGAGUCAUCCAAUAUAACUCCAGAAAUAUUUAAGUCUGUGAAAGACCACAUAUUUUACUUUAGAAUACUGAAAAGUUUAUUAAAACACAUUUCCUAUGUAAAUAAAAUUAGAGUUAGUAAUCAUUUGUCUAGUGAUACCAACGUCUUGAAACAUAUACCUGCAUUUACACCAAAGCAGAUUGUUUCGAUAUUUUCUUCACUGGCAUUCUUUCAAUCCAAGAGCUAUGUACUUUUAGAUUCACUUCUGAACUAUGUAAAAAAGAACAUUUCUGCAUAUAACUGCAAACAGCUUACCUCCAUAAUAGGAUAUUGUAUGAAAUUGGAUUAUAAGUCUGAUAUUAUUCUCAAGGAAUAUAUAUCUAAAGUUCGACAUAUGCUUAAAAACUCUAAAGAUACUCAGGCGUUUAAUAAAGAGGAUAUUUUAUCUGUUUUAUCUGUCUGUGCCAAAAGUGAUUACAUGGAUAAUGAUCUAUUUAAGGCUCUGGCCCAUAUAGUUCAAAAUAGUGAUAAUUUGACACUGGCCGAAGCAUCAGACUUUAUCCGACAUUUUUCCCUUGUACAAUAUAUUGAUGAAAAGUUCUUUGAUAAACUUUAUGGUAUUAUAUGUUCAGGAAAAAAUUCUUUGAAAAUGGGAAUUGAUAUAUUUAAUUUUGUGUACAGUAUCAUGGAAUGUCAUGUACCCCCCCCUGCCGAACUUAUGGACUAUAUCAUAACCAGGGUUCUUAAAAAUGCAAGUGAAUAUAAUCUGCUCCAACUUACAACAUUGCUGAAGUGCUUUUCCAUAUUAGGAUAUUACAAUGAUCGGCUAUUUCGCAAAGUGUUCGAGCUUCCCAUAUUCAUUAAUCCUCCAAAACCUCAAGUUAUGGAACAAAUUAGACUUGGACUAAAUAGCAACUCUGGCCACUAUUCAGCGUAUCUAUUGCCAAAUAAAACCUGCCAAAUAGAUAUUUUCUUUGCAAAUGUCCACUCUGCCUACCUAGGAUAUUCCCUCGAAUAUAAAAAGGGAACAUUCAAAUUUUCAGAUGAAGCCCUAGAAAACAUUAAAAAAAUACCAGCCAGAUUCCAUAGGUUUUCUAAUAUAAAUUCUUCAGGGUUACAUUUGGAUAUUUCUGCGCUGCUAAAGGAGUUCUUUUCUAUAAAUUGUGUCAUGGAGCAUGUUACUGAAUACGGGCUAAUUGUUGAUUUAGCCAUACUUCCGGAAAGUUUGAACAUUCCAGAAAAUGAAAAGGAGUUUAUAAGGACUAAAAAGUGUUCUAUAGAGGUUCAUGGUCCAUUCCACUACCUGCAAAAAUCUACUGAUGUAUUCCCUCCACCCAUGAAUAACAAGACUCUAUACAAACAGCGACUUUUGAAGUCAUCUGGGUGGGAUACAAAGUAUUUGAACUACUGGGACUAUGUUCCAUGGAUGAGAAAGGAACAUAAAUUGAAAGUGUUGACCAAGUUGUUGCCAAGUUGGGUCAAGAAUGCCUGUGGAAUUACUCCUCAGGAUACCGUAUGA